AUGAACGUCGUUGCAUCUCAUCGCUGGCUACAUGCGCACCCGGACGACGCCAAUGCGUUUGCUGAAGCAUCAAUUUUUCAGAUUUUUCUUGCCGGCAUGUUUUUCGGACUUGUUCACGUAAUGACAGGGCCAGACCAUCUUAGUGCUUUGGCAACACUCGCUGCUGGUUCCUCGUGGCGUUCAUUUGCACUGGGAUUUCGCUGGGGUUGCGGUCAUAGCAUUGGACUUAUUCUUAUGGCACUUGCUUUUAUUGCGCUUGAUGGGAAAUUUGACUUUUCCGCGCUUACUGUGGUCUUAGAUGUGCUAGUGGGAGUCUUCAUGAUCAUUUUGGGUGUUUAUGGCAUACACGAAGGGAUGAAGAAGGCAAGAAAAAGUAAACAAAAUGUAGAAGAAUUUGAGAAAAUGAAGGAAAAUGUGCAGGAAUCUGAGGAUGCGACUGAGAGUACAGACAUGGAAUCGGAAUCAGGCACAGGCUCGAUUGCAAGUCCCAGUGUGAAGUUACUUAAACAGGAAAUUCACGAAGUAGUUGUCACGUUUAGCGACGAAGAUUUGUCCUGUGCUACACGACGACGAAAAGUAGAAAAUUCGACAACGUCCAAGCUACAGGACGAUGGCACUGAUGAGGAAGAUGCGGUCAUGGUUAAUGUUGAGGUCACUCAUGCACGAGAACGCUCUGCUAGUGUCGAUACAAUAUCACUAGAGAAUAGUCCAUGUGAAAGUGUAAAGAAACUACUAACGGAUCGUCAUCAGUCCAGUGACGAAACAUUUUCGGACAACGAUGAAAUGAAGCGAGAUUCAAAACUCAUGUGUUACGGUUUUCAGCUUCCAACGAUCGAUUUUCAGAACGUACAGACGCAAAAGUGCACUGCACUAAUUGUAGGUAUUGUCCACGGCAUUGCGGGACCCGGUGGUAUUCUCGGGGUGCUCCCUGCUGUUGGAUUGCAUGACACCGUCAAGUCGUGCAUAUACUUGAGCUCAUUUUGUUUAGCGUCAAUUUUAACCAUGGGCUUAUUUGCUGCAGUGUACGGAGAAGCAACAGGUCGACUAGGUGAUCGUUCUGAGCUGUUAGCAUUUCGUAUUUCUAUCAUCUCGUCCAUGCUUUCUGUGAUCGUGGGUGUCCUCUGGUUGAUUUUAGCUGCUCUCGGAAAGCUGCAGGAGAUUUUUGGCUAG